GUUUUUCGGCGGUGACCUGUGCCCGCAACUACGCGGGUUGUCCUUCGGGAUGGGCCCCGUCGGGUGAUGCCUGCGUCUCCGCGUCUGGAAGCAGUGUCUCCUUUUCUGGUUUGGCGGCUAUUGAAAAACAAGCCGUUGCGGAGAGUGUUGGCGCAGAGUUCCCGUGUGCGUAACUCACUUAAUCAGGACUUCCAAAAACGCGUCCAAGGCC